GUGACCUAUGAGCCUUGCAGGAACCCUGGCACCCCGUCUUACAGCACCCAGAUCUCAGAGAAGCCUCUCUACCAGGCCGGGGAGAUGCUGCGCUUCUCCUGCCUCAGAGGCCAUGAGCUGCUGGGGGAGCCAGUCCUCCGCUGUGUCCCUGGACACCCUUCACAGUGGAGCAGCCUGCCCCCUGUCUGCAGAGGUAGGAACUGCGGACAUGUACUCCCCUGUGUGUGUAGUUCACUCUGGCAUUGUUCACAGUAGGUCAUGAUGAACAAUAUAUCUGUCUGUAUGUUUUAACACCUGUGUUCUGAUGUUCUCCAUUCCUUUACAGCCUCCUCAAAGGAGUUUAUAAAUGGACGCAGGUUAGACUGUAAGUGCCGUCAUGUCUGCAGAGCAAUCGUUAGAUCUUUCAAAUUAAAACAUGAAGUCAAGACCUAAUAAAAAAAUGAAAUACGGUACUUCCCAGCAACUUCAAGUGUGCUACAUUGAAGUGUGCAUCUUUAGGUUAUCAUAACAGUUGAGUGUGUCCCUGUUGAAUCCUCUACCUCUCUGCUCACCAGUUGCCAAUGCAGACUACAUCAUGGAGCGAGCCAAUAUAGCUCUAACAGUCUUUAUACCAGUGGCCCUCAUCAUGGUCUUCAUCAUCGGGAUCUACCUCUACUUCUCUAAGUAGGUCUAGUAUGUGUACUUUAUAUAGAUUAAAAAAUACUUUGAAAGUAUGAAAGCUAUCAUCAUCCAUCGUACCUAGUAGUCUAACCAGUGCUUGACUUUGACUGAAAUAGGUGCCGGUACUGAUUUUGGGUGCCGGUACUGUUUAUAUUUAGGUGCAGGAGCUCCACAAUACUUUUGAGAUAAUAUUCUAUAAAGAGGAACAGAAGCCCAAGCAGGAGAACGUUUGAGGUGCCGGUACUCAGCUCCAGUGAGCUCCUGCCCAAGUCAAGCACUGAGUCUAACCAAUAGCUAUAGACCCAACAGGUUCUGUUAUAAUGUUGUAAGUAUACUAUGCUGCCCUUGUGACACUAUGUGUGUGUUCUCUAGGGUUCAGGGGAAGCCUCUGUGUCUUCCCAUGUCAACCUCCUCACCAUAUGACCACAUCCCAGGAGAGUCCACCUUCGACAACUCCCUCUACGAAACAGAGACCACAGUACGUUCUGAUAUAGAGAUAUUCACUGGUUCUUUAAGAUGCCUGCUGGAAUUAUUAAGCCCCCCAAAAUUUUGA